AUGGACUAUGCCAUAGGCGGAGAGCUGAUGGACAGGAUUGUGGAGUUUGGCUACCUACAGGAGGAGGAGUCCCGUAAGGUAUUUAAACAGAUGGUAUGUGCCCUUCAGUAUUGUCACAUGAAAGGGAUUGUUCACAGGGAUCUAAAGCCUGAAAAUAUUUUAGUGGACGGCAAAGGAAAUAUAAAACUCAGUGAUUUUGGACUGAGCACCAAGCUUACCCUGGGGCAGAAGCUAGCACAUUUCUGUGGGACCGUUCCUUAUUGUGCCCCAGAAGUCUUUAAAGGUGGAGGCUACGAUGGCCGAGCAACCGACAUCUGGAGUUUGGGGGUUGUACUCUACUUUAUGUCUACAGGGUGCCUCCCUUUCAAGGGAACUGCCUUUGUAGGAAUAAAGGAGCAGAUCUUGGUGGGAAAGUACUCUGUUGAAUUCAAGCUGUCGCCAGAGCUUUGGGAUCUUAUUGCUAAGUUGUUAACUAUAAAUCCUGGAGAAAGACCAACAAUAGAUGAUGUUGUGGGCUUUCAAUGGCUGAAGCAUGGCAAUGAAGGUUCUCCCAAUCCCUUUAGAGAGAACGAUGAGGACAGCUACCCAGACCCCACUGUGAUGGCCAUCAUGGGUGUCAUGGGUUAUAAGCAAGGACAGAUCCUGGAAGCUUUACACGAGAAGAAGUUUGAUCAAGUGAUGGCCACCUACUUGAUUCUUAGGCAGCAGUCACCCUGGGAAGACAUUACAAAAGAUCUUCAGCCCAAGCAGUCUGCUGGAACCUUGAACCUUACAGGCCCUCCCACAACACCUAAAGUGACUAUCAAGAGGGGAUCUAGUGUCUCUAUCCUUUCCACUUCUUCCAGUUUGCACACUCUAACUGAGAGUCCCGAGAAUGACAAAAAGGGGAGAACGAGGUACAGUAGGCCUCCCACCCUGAACUGCCCUGACAAGAAAACAGCCCCCAUUCACAGAAUCUGCCCCCAGUGUGUGCAUGAGGCUAAUUUCACGAACAGCACCUCGGGGGAUUCAGAGAGCACUAUUAACACCUCCGAUGAAAUAUGUACCAUAGUGUCUUGCCCCCAGUGUGUACAUGAGGCUAAUUUCUCGAACAGCACCUCGGGGGAUUCAGAGAGCACUGUUAACACCUCCGAUGAAAUAUGUACCACAGUGUCCUGCCCCCAGUGUGUACAUGAGGCUAAUUUCACGAACAGCACCUCGGGGGAUUCAGAGAGCACUAUUAACACCUCCGAUGAAAUAUGUACCACAGUGUCCUGCCCCCAGUGUGUACAUGAGGCUAAUUUCACGAACAGCACCUCGGGGGAUUCAGAGAGCACUAUUAACACC